AUGAUGUGGCCAUUCCGUAAGUGGACCUGCUGGCUGUCCAUUCACCUCUGGUGCCUGUUUGGGGGCCUGAGCUCAGCGUUGAUGACGAGGAACUCGAGGCCCAAUAUUGUGCUCCUGAUGGCGGAUGACCUCGGGGUGGGAGAUGUCUGUUGCUACGGCAAUAACACAGUGAGCACACCGAAUAUCGACCGCCUGGCGAGUGAGGGCGUGCGGCUCACCCAGCACCUGGCGGCUGCGUCCGUGUGCACCCCGAGUAGGACUGCCUUCCUGACCGGCCGGUACCCCAUCAGAUCAGGGAUGGCGUCUCCCUUCAACCUGAACCGCGUCCUUACCUGGCUCGGAGGCUCGGGCGGUCUGCCCACCAACGAAACCACGUUCGCCAAGCUGCUACAACAUCGGGGCUAUCGCACGGGACUCAUAGGCAAAUGGCACCAGGGCUUGAGCUGCGCCUCUCGGAACGACCACUGUUACCACCCGCUCAACCACGGCUUCGACUACUUCUACGGGCUGCCCUUUGGCUUGCUCAGUGACUGCCAGGCGUCCAGGACCCCCGAGCUGCACCGCUGGCUGCGAAUAAAGCUGUGGAUGUCCACGGCGGCCCUCGGCCUCGUGCCCGUCCUGCUGCUUGUCCCCAAAUACGCCCGCUGGUUCCCCGUGCCCUGGAAGGUCCUCCUGGCCCUGGGCCUGCUGGCCUUCCUCUUCUUCCUGUCCUGGUACUCCAGCUACGGGUUCACGAGACGCUGGAACUGUAUCCUGAUGAGAAAUCAUGACAUCGUCCAGCAGCCCAUGCGCGAGGAGCGGGUAACCUCCCUCCUGCUCAAGGAGGCCCUCGCCUUUAUCGACAGGUAUAAACGCGGCCCCUUCCUCCUCUUCGUGUCCUUUCUGCACGUGCACACCCCACUGAUCACCAAAGAGAAGUUUGUGGGGCACAGUAAAUACGGGCUCUAUGGAGAUAACGUCGAAGAAAUGGACUGGAUGGUGGGUAGGAUCCUGGAGGCCCUGGACCGGGAGCGCCUGUCCAAUCACACGCUGGUGUACUUCACGUCGGACAACGGGGGUCGCCUGGAGGUGCAGGAAGGCGGGGCCCAGCUGGGCGGCUCCAACGGCGUCUACAAAGGUGGCAAAGGAAUGGGCGGAUGGGAGGGGGGCAUUCGUGUCCCAGGAAUAUUCCGGUGGCCGACGGUCCUGGAGGCUGGGAAAGUGAUUGACGAACCAACAAGCCUAAUGGACAUUUAUCCGACACUGUCUUAUGUAGGUGGAGGUAUACUGCCCCAGGACAGAGUGAUUGAUGGCCGGAAUCUAAUGCCCUUGCUGGAAGGCAGGGUAUCCCACUCAGACCAUGAGUUCCUCUUCCACUACUGUGGGGUCUACCUGCACACAGCCAGGUGGCAUCAGAAGGACUGUGCAACGGUAUGGAAGGUCCAUUAUGUGACUCCCAAAUUCUCCCCGGACGGAGCUGAUGCCUGCUAUGGAAGUGGAAUAUGUUCAUGUUCUGGAGAUGUCACCUACCAUGAUCCUCCACUGCUCUUUGACAUCUCAAGAGACCCUUCUGAGGCUCGGCCUCUUAGCCCUGACAAUGAAGCCUUAUUUGACUCAGUGGUCAAGAAAAUUGAGGCGGCCAUAAAAGAACAUCGCAGGACUCUCACACCUGUCCCACAGCAGUUCUCUGUGUUCAACACCAUUUGGAAACCGUGGCUGCAGCCCUGCUGUGGGACUUUCCCUUUUUGUGGGUGUGACAAAGAAGAUGACAUCCUCUCUACGGCUUGGUGA